AUGGACAAAAAAUAAAGUAAAAAAUCCCAUAAAGCACCUAAUAUUUCUUCAGCAUAAUCAAUAUCAACAACCCCCGCAGGAGGACAAAAUUUAACGACAUAAACAACAAAUACUACAGAAAAAAGAACAAGAAAUGUAUUCAGUUCUCCACCUAAAGUAUAACCAGCAGUAAUAAAUCCAGUGUCUUAAAUUGACCCUGGAUUAAGAUUAGGAUAAUAAGUAAUGGAAAGUGCAACUAUUCCUUUAGCUUCAUAAUUAUAUACAAAUUAAUUGGGAUUGGGAAUAGGUGAUAUGAGUAUUGGAAAUAAGAUUCCGCCGGCAUUAUAAAAAAAUUAUAUUCACGCAUUGCGAAUUUAUAUUGGCAAUAUUCCUGAUCCUAUAGAUACAGAAGAUGUUUGUCACUUUGUUUACAAAAGUUUACUUGAAUCUGGAGGACUUUUAGAACCAGGAAAUCCUAUUAUUAGCAAAAAAAAUGAUCCUAUUAAAAAAUUCAUUUUCUUAUAAUUAAGGUCUAUCGAAGAAACGAGUGCUUGUAUGUAAUUAGACGGAAUUUUAUAUAAAGGAAAAAGUUUAAGAUUUAGAAGACCCAAGGACUAUACAACAAUGCCAUAAGUAGAAGGAACUAGAAAAAUUCCUAUACUUGAUAGAAAUAAGCUUAGAAUAGUUUAAACAUAAGUUGAAAAUACAUAUAAUAAAUUAUAAGUAAUGAAUAUCCCGGAAACAAUAAGUGAAGAACAUGUAAUGUAGAUACUUUAAAAUUACGGUGAAUUACGCUCAUUCCAUUUAGCAGUAGAUAUUUAUACAGGGGAAUCUAAAGGAUUUGCUUUUUGUGAAUAUUUAACAGACAAAGCAACUAUGGAUUGUUUAAAUUAAUUAAGUGGAUAAUAAAUAUUGAAUAAAAUAAUAAAUGUGAAAAGAUGUAACCCUAAUUUGGCUCCUCCUGUAGAAGAAUAAAUGCAGCCAAUAGAAGUUUUAGUGAAAAAUUUAUGUGAUUUUAUAAAUAAAUCAAUUUUGGAAUCUGGUUUUAAAGAUAUUCAAGAAGAAUAUAUUUAAAAAGUUAUAUCUAACGAAGGUUAAAAAUAUUCAGGAUUAAAUUAAGAAGAAGCUACUAGUGUACUUAAAAUAAAAAAUGUUAUCGAUAAAUAAGUUAUUGAAGAAGAUCCUGAAUAUGAAUUCAUAUAUAAUGAUUUAAAAUAGCAACUUGUAAAGUUUGGAAGAUUAAAAUAAAUGAUUAUUCCUAGACUUAAAGAAAAAUAUUAGCCAGAUUCUGUUGGUUUAGUUUUUGUCGAAUUUGAAAAUGAAAAAAUAUGUUAA